GCGGCCUAUGGGCGGCGCGGCCCGGCCCGCAGGAGCGCGGCGGCGGCGUAGAGGGAGGUGCCCCACCGGCCGCAGCCCGGCCCCUGCUCCGGCGGCGGAGGCGGGUCGGGCCGGCCCGGCGUCCGCAGGGCUGUGGCGUGGAGCGGCAAUCGGCGGCCCUCGCCGACCCGCACCUGCCCGGCGCCGGCAGAGGAGUCCCGACGCCUAGCAGGCAAGAUCCUCCAUCCUGCGCUGGCCCUUGGCGGCGCUGCCCUCUGCCGCAGGCGUUGCACGGCGGAACGGCCCGCAGCGGGGACCGCGCUGCCCAAGGACUGCCUAACGGAGCGGCUGCAGUGCAGUCUCCAAGAACGAGAGAAGGAGCUCUCAGGAUGCCGGAGCCAGCAAAGUCCACCUCUGCCCCCAAAAAGGGCUCCAAGAAAGCUGUGACGAAGACCCAGAAGAAGGGUGACAAGAAGCGACACAAGAGCAGGAAAGAGAGCUACUCCAUCUACGUCUACAAGGUGCUGAAGCAGGUCCACCCCGACACCGGCAUCUCCUCCAAGGCCAUGGGCAUCAUGAACUCCUUCGUCAAUGACAUCUUUGAGCGCAUCGCUGGAGAAGCCUCCCGCCUGGCCCAUUACAACAAGCGCUCCACCAUCACCUCCCGGGAGAUUCAGACGGCCGUGCGCCUGCUGCUCCCGGGAGAGCUGGCCAAGCACGCCGUCUCGGAGGGCACCAAGGCUGUCACCAAGUACACAAGCUCCAAGUAGCCGGACACCACCUCUCCAACGGGACCAUCAAGCACCUCUGUGCAAGCACAGGUAGGCAGCCACGGUCCGGAUAAACGUCACAGCUAUUAUCCACAGCAAUUCACAGCCUUGGGAUGGGCAUGGGAAGCUGUCUAGUGGAAGAGGAGACAGUGAUCUGGAUGUCGGCUGAUUUUCAUAGUCUGUUUGGGACAUGUGACGGGUUCUGCGGGGCUGGUGGAGGAGGCCUCUGCUUUCACAUCUCAUCCGAAGGACUGACCGACUGCAGUAUAUCCAAACUCUCCUCUGUGCUUGGCAAACAUGCAUGUUUAGCGCUGGCGGGGGAGACUGGCAGCUGCAACACAGAGGGGCCAUCUCUGAAGUCUUCCUGUUUGGCUGCUUUCUCACAGUCGUUCGAGACGGGCACCGAGGAGUCAGCGCUGGUGUCCUCUCCCUCGUAGCCCGGAUCCAUCCUGGUGCACAGCAGCACAGCCCACCCCAUGCCGGCAGAAGUGGCAUCGACAGCUAUCUGUGCUUGCCAGCCUGUUUCACAGAGCAAGCCUGGCAGGCAGGCAGAUGCCCGGGCGGAUACCAAGCACUGUUACUCCUCGUCUCUCCCGACGGAUGAGCCAUCGAGCAGGCUGAGGGUGCCGGCGCUGGAGCCGCCUGCUGCCUCCCACCUUGUGCCAAGGCAGAUGGACGGACAAGGGGGGAUGUUGGGAAUGGGUCGCUGCCUUCCCUGGCUGCUGCUUUGCCUGCUUUAGGACUUGCUUUGAUGUGCAAGACAUUGCUAAUUCUGCUGCUUUUCAGAGACUUUACUGCCUCGACACUGCCUGGGUGCUCCCUUCUGCCAUAAACGUGGGCGAGAUGGGGUGGUCCCCAAGGGGGUCCCUUCUGCGAGCGCUGGGGUGGUGCAGGACAAACAGCACAGACGUGUCGGGAGGGGACUGAGGAUUUGGGAAGGCGUCUGGAGUGGGAGCAGGGGUGGUUAAUGCAGUCUGGGGAGAGGCAGGCUCCCCGCAGAGAUGCCUGCAGGCCCUGCCUUCCCUGCUUUAUUCACCCAUUAGAAAGCAAAAGCAGGAACCGGGGCCAGGUGGAUAUAUAGGGAUACUUGCCUGGAUCCCAGUGAUAUUUUAAAUAUUUCUAACUACUUCAGAUACUCCCCAUGUCUUCUCAAAGUCCAUAGUUAAGGUGAGCAAUAAUAAAAUCCUGAUAAAAGCCAUAGAGAUUAGUGGAGGGGCGUCUCGGUUGCAGGUUUAUCUUGCACAAACUGCUGGUUAGCAGAAGAGCACGGGUAGAAGUGGUGUGAAGUUGAGGCUUCCUACUCAAAACACAAAAUUAGCCAACAUUUAAAAAAAAAAAUCAAAAUCUCGGGUAGGCAGUAGUGCUCAGAUAAAAAAUAUUCAUGUCUAAAAUAACAACUGCUUUCUGCAGUUUAUUCUGUCAAUAAAAAGGGCAGCAAAGACACAGAAUCCAGAACUAACUGCAGGUUCUCCCCAAACUCCAAGACCCCCAAACUCCAAAAGCCUCCAAGGCUUUUAAUUGAAAAGUAACUUCAUACCCUGAAAUAGCAACCUUGCAGUACAUCUCUUGCUUUCCCCUAUGUUUAUUUCUAUCCUGUUUCUUUACGCUUUGAGAGUGAUGGGGACCCUUGACAAAUUUGUGUUGCUUUUGGAGCUGAAGGACUCUGCAGCUCCAGAAGAUUCAGUUAUUUCUUGUUUUUCUAAGUGUUGCAGUCAUUUUCCAGUUGGUCUGAGGAAAGGACCGCCUAGACCUGCUCAACCAAGGGCACCUCAGAAACCCAAGAGCAGCAUGGGGUCUCCUGUGGGCUCUGUGCAAGAGCGAAGGUCAAGUUGCUUACGGGCUGCUCCUGUCCUCCUGCUUUGGGUUUGAACACCCCACACCCGAAAACGGGCUUUCCUCCCAUGCUUUGCUCGGUGCUAGCACACAGCCAUGGUUUGUACCCUAAAGGUGGCAGGAAUCCCUAGCGAUAUCUUUCAGAAAGAGCCAAAGCCGGCUCCCCAGGUGUCAGCACCCACAACUUGCAGCUCCCAGCAGCAGUACCUGUGCAUUGGUAACCUGGACCACUUGGCCAGGACACCUGGGAGGUGAUAGCUUAGCGCUUCCUUUUGUUUUCCAAUCAAAUACUCAAAAUCAGAUACCAAAGAUGAGAAUGUACCUGCAAUGGGCCUAGAGCCACCCCUCCCACCAGAAAUCAGACAGCGGAUGAUGCUGAAGGGGAAUCAUAGAAUCAUAGAAUGUGUUGGGUUGGAAGGGACCUUUAAAGGCCAUCUAGUCCAACCCCCUGCAGUAAGCAGGGACAUCUUCAACUAGAUCAGGUUGCUCAGAGCCUCAUCAAGCCUGGCCUUGAGUGUCUCCAAUAUAGGGAGUGAAGGGCUGGCUGGCAGCGCUGGAGCUUUCUCCUCCUGUCCCUGUGAGCUGCAGGUCAGAAUUUUUCCCCUUGGGAAGUCCUCCUGAAGGUAGGAAUUCAGACGAAUAAAUCUGCUCCCGUCCAAGCGGUGUGUGCGAACCGGGACACACGUCUCCCAGGAUUACCCAGCACAGCCUCUAAAUCCUCGCUGUCUCGAGCAGAGCAGAGUCCCCCUCCAGUUUCCGCAAGCUGCAAGAACUCAGGAAAACAAAAUGAGACGUUGUCCCUCCAGGGUGUCCUGGGCAGCUCGGGGAGCUGGGGACAAGGCUGGGCGCUUGGACGAGAGCCGCUGGCCCCAUACACAUACUCACAGAACUGGUUUCCUUUUCUUCUGCAGCUGUUGUCACUCCAUUUUUGGAGGUUGUGUCAGAGAGAGGAGAAAAGGCAAUUUAAGGCUAUAAAAAUACUUGAAGGCUUAAAGAGGAUUUUUAUAUUGUCUAAAGCCAAGGGACUGACUGUCGUGUCCACCCAUUUAUGGUUUAGGCUGUCGUUUCACACGUCAUUUGCUCUUCACUCUCCCUUUGUACCGUUUCUUUACUUGCCCCUGACAAUGUAGAGCACGGGAUUAGGAACUGAUCCAGGUUAAAAUGAGCCUUUUUUUUCUUUUUUUUUUUUUGUCUUUUCUUGCAAGCUUUGUUUUAACCCAGUUCUGGUGGCUGCUCUGAUCUGUCACUGUCAUGCAGACACUUGUGCCAGCCAAGGGAAGGGCUGAUCCAGGAAAAGCAAGGCUGGCAUAAACUAGGACUGCCACAGAAAGCAGUUGGGAAAUUAAUGGCCUUUGUGUCAAGGAAAAACAAAGAAAGGAAAUCUGUGUCUCCUGCAGCGGUCUAGUUAGCAGAACAGACGUAGCUUUUCAAUACGCCGCUAUGGCUGGUACCCUUGCAGUGUCCCACAAGCAGUUUCUCCGACACUGGAAAUCAGACACAUCCCAAUUCUGUAGAUCUCAAGUGUCACGCAAAGGACAGGGAGGAGGUUGGGAAGGGGACUCUGCUCCCAUGCAGCCCCCCGGCUGUAGGGGUUGGAGGCUCCUUGUUCAGCCGGCAAACGGCAUGCGAGGCGGCCGGCCUGCCCUUCCCGCAGCUGCCUGCUGCAGGAGCACGAUCACAGCAGUUUAAUGGGAAUAUUUUGACUGUGAUGAGGUUGGGCUAAGCCUUAAUAGUAGAGGCGAUAGAAAAUGGUCUAAAAGCUUAAGCAUCAGUUGUCCACUCAGUAAUCUGAGGUGUGACGUAUUCCACAGUUCCCUGGUAAGGGGAUUUCCUGCAGAAGAGGAUUUCUGCACUUCAGGAUCUGUGCUUUUAAAAAAUACAAAUUUCCAGCUCUGGAAUUGAUAAAACAUUUUAAAAAUGAGGAUAAUAUACCAAGCCCCACUGUCCCUACUUGAUACCUACUGCAAUCCCAGAGGCAUCUCGGGGCCAUUCCUGUGUUUUGCCAAUUAAAAAAUAUUCAACUGCGGGUUGAAAGUUGGAAAAGGAAGCUGAAAAAGAGGAAUACAGCCUUGAUAUUAACCUCAUAUUAACCCCGUGGACAUCACUGCACUGAGUUAUUUGUUUUCAUGUACAAUUUAAGAGAUAAAAUUAGCUGCUAUUAAAAUUAACUUCUGAUUUUCUACCCUGCUUCCCUAGAAGGGCUUAAAGCCCAUCCGCCCUUCACAGCACAGCUCAACCUACAGAAGAACCGAGUGGCCACAUGCACGGAGGUCUGCUCCUGCUCGGGACAGAGAGGUCUUUAGUCAAGCACAGGGGAAACGAGUGGAAACAAAUGUGGAGGACGAGCGCCUGUCCCGGGCACCGCUGCGUGUCCCUGGAAGGGAUGCCUGAGCUGAAACCGCCGAGGAGCCCUGCCAGAGGAGCCGCGUGGCUGUGUGCCCUGGCGACAGGCAGCCGCGCGGAGGUAGCCCCAAGUCCUGGCCACCCCUGGAGUCAAGCUUGGCAUGGCCUCUGCACAGCCCUGAGCGUUUGUCCCAUCGUUGCAUUUCCUGAGGGUUUACAUCCAGACCAAAUUGUUUACAGGGAAAGGAAGAAUGUGAACUAAAUCAUAAAAAUCACUUGCUGCCAGAAUUUCGGAAGCUUCCUGGGACCAGCACCUGGGGAGCAAUCUCUCGUGCUUCCUCUCCAUGCAUGGUAUCUUGUGGGCUUACGUACACAGAGUUUUUCUGACAGUAAGUGUUACAUCGAGUAUGAUCUAUGUCAUAUUACAGCUGGUCUAUGACCUAUCUUGCUGCUGAUUACCUGUUUUCGGUUAAAUGUAUAAAUAAAAUGUAAAUGCCAACCUGUUGAAAGUCAGGUGAGA